ACUAAAAAGGUCCAAACUCCAAAGCAAACAGAAAAGGAGAGGAAUGGCAUGGGCAGUGACUGCAGGUACCUCAUUGACGUUCCCAUUGGUGGUGGCCUCUGUACAAUAUGCACCUCGCACACUCCCCAACGCACUAAUCAGAUCCCUCCACCUGUCCUCCUCUUCCUCCGCCUCACCAAUGUCUACUACUACACCCCAACAAUCUCACUCCUCCUUCGAAAUCCUCGGUGGAGCACGUGACAAGUUCCUCCCAGCUCUCUCCCACGUGCUGUCUCGCCCCUACCACCCCUUCCCCUUCCUCGGAUGGAACCGCCACAUCGAGACCAUCUCCGCCUCGUUCUACCGCUCAAUUCCUGACAUAAGACUCCGCCGUCAGUGCCUCCGGACACAAGAUGGUGGUGCCGUCGCCCUUGACUGGGUCUCGGGCGACGACCGCCGUCUGCCCCCCGAUGCUCCACUCCUCAUUUUGCUGCCAGGAUUAACUGGUGGUAGUGGAGAUUCUUAUGUGAGGCACAUGUUAAAUAAAGCUCGGAGCAAAGGGUGGCGCGUGGUGGUUUUCAAUAGCCGUGGUUGUGGGGAUAGUCCUGUUACUACUCCUCAGUUCUAUUCAGCUUCGUUUCUGGGAGAUAUUCGCGAGGUUGUUGCCCAUGUCACUGGUAGAUACCCUAAUGCCAAUGUGUAUGCAGUUGGUUGGUCACUUGGCGCAAAUAUUCUUGUUCGUUACUUGGGUCAGGAAGGCUACAAUUGCCCUCUUUCUGGCGCCGUGUCAUUGUGUAAUCCUUUCAAUUUGGUAGUGGCAGAUGAGGACUUCCAUAAAGGCUUUAACAAUGUCUACGACAAGGCUCUCGCAAAGUCCCUUCGCACGAUUUUCAACAAGCAUGUUUUACUCUUUGAAGAUAUUGGUGGCGAAUACAACAUUCCUAUGGCAGCCAAUGCCAAGUCUGUUAGGGAGUUUGAUGAUGGACUAACCCGUGUUUCUUUUGGAUUCAAGUCUGUGGAUGAAUACUAUUCUAGUUCAAGUAGUUCAGAUUCCGUGAAACAUGUUCAAACCCCUCUGCUUUGCAUCCAGGCAGCAAAUGAUCCAAUUGCUCCUGCUAGGGGAAUUCCUCGUGAAGAUAUCCAGGAAAAUCCAAACUGCUUGUUAAUAGUUACACCAAAAGGUGGCCAUCUGGGGUGGAUUGCUGGUGAUGAAGCUCCAUUUGGAGCUCCUUGGACUGAUCCUUUGGUAAUGGAUUUCAUUCAAUAUUUAGAAACAGAGGAAGUCAAAUACCCUAAAACUAGUAGUAAUCCUGAUGGUAAAGUAGCCUUGCACCAUCUUGAAGUGUAGCAUGGCACUAAUGAAGACAUUACAAUCUUCCGAUGUCACCAUUCAUCGCUGUACAUUCUGGAAUACUGUAUUGAAGCAAUUACACUCAUUUUUUUGUGUGGAAUACUGCAGAACUUGGACCCUUGCAGCUCACGGGGUUGAUAUCAACCAUGAUCCUUUCACAGACCAUUCAAUAAAGUAGAACUGCAUUCUUUAUGAGUGCAUUGGAACUGUAAUUGUUUUAGUUUGAGGUAAAUAGAGAUAUUGAUUAAACAAGAUUAGUGUAAUUGUAUUGCUUUAACAUUCAAUUCACAUAAUUCGUUUCAUUUUAAA